UAAAGGUCCAGGUACGGGCUGCUGGAGGUGGGAUCUCAGGGAGCCAGAGCUGUCCUGUUUCCCCUUUGCCGUCUCCAGUCAAGUAUCACCUUGACCAUGAAGGCAGUCGGUAUUUUCCUGCUCCUCUUCCUGGCAAUCUGCUUCUACCAAGGAGAUGCUGAGCCAGACGGCGCUGCUGACCAAGGAACAGAGGCAAACUGUGGCAACUACGACCUAAGGAAAGGCUGUACAAAGAUCUUCGACCCCAUCUGUGGCACGGAUGAUGUCCUAUACAGCAACGAGUGCUUGCUGUGCAGCCAGAACCUGCAAAGACACACUAAUGUGCGGAUAAAGCACAGGGGAAAGUGCCAAAACCCGUCCCCACGCUCCAACCCUGCUCAAAACUAAAAGGUGCAACCGUGCUGGAGAAGAUGGCACAAAGCUGUCCCCCACCUCUACAGACUCCUAAUAAACUGGAAGAACUGCAGUGGCUUGCCCUGGGAUUUCUCUCACACACACAGCACAGCCCUUCCCCUGACAUUCAAAAAACCCUUCCUGUAAAAUAUGGUUUUGUUGUUGUUGUUUUGGGUUUUGGUGGUUUUUUUUUGUUGUUUGUUUUGUUGUUGUUUUUUUUUUUUCCUUUUUUUUCCUCUUUUUUUUUUUUUUUUUUUUUUUUUUUUUUUUUUUUUUUUUUUUUUUUUUCUGUAACAUCCACAAAAGCAAAAAUUACUGCUGGAGCCCCAGGGAAAAGGCCAGGACAUUCCCAAGGAGGGUCAGGCCAUGGCAUAACAAGUCUCCCUAUUGCACCCAGA